AUGGAGGGAAAGAGACAGCUCGAGAAAAGGGACUUUGGAAAAAGGCUGUCUCUAGACAGCAGUCUUGUGGAAUACAUGGACUCCAACAAAUACAUAGAGCACCUGCUAACUCAACUCGAGGAGCAACACAAAAGUCUCUGGAGGGAGAAGUUGGCGGUGGCCCGACUGCAGCGAGAAGUUGCCCAAAGAACUAGUGAGGGGGCCAUGCAUGAGAAGCUGAUACAUGAACUGGAAGAGGAGAGACACUUACGUCUUCAAAGCGAGAAGCGGUUGCAGGAGGUGACCCUGGAGUCUGAGCGCAACAGGAUUCAGAUGCGUGGCCUGCAGCAGCAGUUCUCCAGGAUGGAAGAAACAGUACGAAAUCUAUUGCAGAGUCAAGGACCUCCAGAGCAGAGAAAAGAAGAAACUGUUAAUAUAAUGGUCUAUCAGGAAAACCUGUCAGAGGAAGAGAGAAAACAUAAGGAAGCUUUGGAAGAUCUCCAUCUGAUGGUGGAUGAGGACUCAAGGAGUGAAAGUAGCAGUGCAGACGAGGGAAAAGAAAAGACUAAAUUGCUGUUAGAAAGAUUGAAAGCUCUAGAGGCAGAGAAUUCAGCAUUGGCUUUGGAAAAUGAAAAUCAAAGGGAACAGUAUGAGAGAUGUCUUGAUGAGGUAGCCAACCAAGUUGUUCAAGCUCUGCUCACUCAAAAGGAUCUGAGGGAGGAAUGUGUGAAGUUGAAAACAAGAGUGUUUGAUUUGGAGCAACAGAAUCGAACGUUAAGCAUCCUGUUCCAACAGCGAGUCAGACCCACUUCCGAUCUGCUCCUCCAGAAACUUCACUCGCGCAUCUUGGGUCUUUCAUCUGGAGAUUUGCUUUCAGAGGUAGAAAGAAGCCGAAGUCUGACGCAGUCACGGACUGAUGUUGAGCUGCACGAACACCAACUGAAUACAAAAUCAGGAGCCCCGGCCUUGAAAUGCCCUGGCUUGGGGAUUAUCGUCCCUAGUCAUCUCUGUCCUCGAAACAGCUGCAGCAGCAGCAGCGAACUGUCCCUUUCAAGUACCUGCAGCGAGUACUCCAGCGGCUCCUCCUAUACAUGGCAUGAUGGGAAGAACCUCAGGAAAAGGCAGUCAUCACAAAACUGGGAUAAAAGGCUAAGUAUUGAUUCCUCGCUCCCAAGUGGCUUUGCCAGUCCUACAGAUGAACUACCUCCCACUCGUAUCAAGGAAAGCCACAUCUUGGAAGGGCUAAGAAAGCUGCAGAAGCGAAAAGUGUUACUUGAACCUCCAUCAGUCAUAACCAAAUGGGGCUAUAAAGAUUGCAUGAACUCAAAUGAAGGAAUAUAUUCUCCAGGCAUUAAGAGUAGCAGCCUCAAGGACUCUCGGUCCUGCAAACCAACGGAUCUGGGGAGUCCCCGCAAGGAGUCCCACAAGACAUUUGUUUAUGACACAGAUUCCCAUGACGACGCAGAUGAUGACUCUUCUUCCUUAGCAUUGCUCCAAGUAGCUGCAAACCAGGGCUGCAGGUCACGUGGUAGCAAAUUAACCCACAGUGUUUCUGACAGUCUAUUUGGCUGGGAGCUGAAUAGAAAUCACUUUUUAGAAGGCACGUCCUCAGUUUAUCCCAGGGAAAGGCCUGAAAAACUGACAAGUUGUGCCAGCAGUUGUCCCUUGGAGAGAAAGCUGUGCCCAAGCGUGCAGACACCUCAGGUGCUGAGGGAGAGGGUCCCACACAGCCAAGGCCAUGGCCAUGUGGCUCUCAGCCUCCAGCUUUCGGACACCGAUGACAAUGAAACCCUCGACGAAUUGCACAUAGAGAGCGGUGAUGAGAAAAGUCCUUCAGACUUGUCGUUGACUGCUGACACUGAUAAGUCAGUGGAGAAUCUGGACAUCCUCAUGGGAUUUGGAAAAUCUCAACUUCGGUCUCCUGAUGAGGAGGAAAAGCAAGUGCCCAUCCACUUGGAGACUAGGCCAAAGACAUUUAAUUUCAUUAAGCAGCAAAGGGUUGUAAAAAGGACUUCUUCAGAAGAAUGUAUUACUGUAAUAUUUGAUGCUGAAGAUGGCGAGCCCAUUGAAUUCAGCUCUCACCAGACUGGAGUUGUCACUGUUACCAGAAAUGAAAUUUCUGUCAAUUCUGCCCCUCCUGGACCCAAGGCAGAACACACUGAACUUUUACCUCAGGGAAUUGCUUAUUUACAGCCAGGAGCUGCUGCAAAAGACUGUACUUUCUUAAAACGAUCUGAAGAGGAAACUGAGAAAAACAUUCCAAAAGAUAAUGUAGAUAAUGUUCCCAUGGCACCUGCUGAAUCUUUCAGCCCCAGGACAGUGACACAAAACACUCAACCACAAAAGUUGCUCAAACCAACACACGGUAUGUCAUGCCAGAGUAAUUCCAGGUCUUUGGCACCCAUGGGCAUCUAUCAAAAGCAAAGUCUGACAAAAAUACCUGCCAAGGGCAAGUCUUCACCUCAGAAAUCAAAACUAAUGGAGCCUGAAGUCUCGACACUAGUCCCCUCAUAUGGCCCGAUGGCUCUUGAAAAAUCACCGGCCUUAGCUCCUGGGAAACUCUCACGGUUCACCAAGACUGAGAACCCAGGGCCCCUUUUCGAAUUACGACCAGAUUCACACAUUCCAAAACAUCCCACCCAACUUCCUCAAGGCUCCAAAAUGUCCGGCAGGAGGGAUUGGGUCCAGUGCUCCAAGAGUCAGACUCCAGGAACACAGUCAAAGCCCCUCAUUGAGCCCAGUGACAGUGGAGAGCCCCCCACAAGGGAUGAGGACUGUGACUCUGGGCUGGAGACAGGGAUGAAAUCCCCUUCUCCCCCACCCCCUCCAGGCCGGUCAGUCUCCCUACUGUCCAGGCCCAGCUGUGACUAUUCACCAACACCUUCACCCCUCAAGCCUGAAACCAGGGUCCCCAGUGAAACAGUAAGGGCAAUAUUCAAAUCCCCCCUGCUGAAAGGAACCUCUACUGUUCUGUCUUCUCAUCAGAUCACAACAGAAGUGCAGAGGAAGAAACCUUCCGUGGCCUUCAAAAAGCCUGUCUUCACUCACCCUUUGCCCUCCUCAGAAACAGUGAUUCAAACCAGAUGCCCUGCUCAUGCUCCUUCUAGCUCUUUUGCCGUGAUGGCUCUGGGGCCUCCAAGGGUCUCUCCGAAGAGAGGUGUCCCCAAAACCUCUCCUCACCAAACACUUGGGACCACACAAAUGGACACAGGGUUACGGACUCCCAAGAACUGUCCUUCAACCCAUGAGCCACUGGAAAUAUCAUCCUCCAAAAGCAUAUCUCCAGGAAGAAAAGGACAAUUGAAUGACAGCGUUUCCACACCCCCCAUACCUCCCUUCUUAGGGGUAAAUGAAUCACCAUCCUCUCAGGUUAACAGUCCUCCAGCAUCAUCACCACCCUGCAAAAGCCAUAGCACCCCACAUGGUUGUCAAAGCGCUCAUGAGAAAGGACUGAAAACUCGUCUCCCGGUGGGACUCAGAGUUCUCAUGAAGUCUCCUCAAUUGCUCAGGAAAAGCUCCACGGUGCCAGGGAAACAUGAAAAAGACAGUCUAAACGAAGCCUCCAAAAGUUCUGUUUCUGCAAGCAAGCCUAAGCCUGAGGAUCCCAGGAAUCCAGCAAGCCUGGCAACUUCAGGGUGUGAAAGAAAUGGGACUCCACUAGUUUUACAAGUGCAGGACAGUUCAGCUGAAGGGUUCCCCCUGGAAAUAGCACUGCCAGAGUCAUUGGAUAGCAGCAUCCCCGGGGCUGAUGGAAGAGAUGGGGUAGAAAACAGAUCUGUGAAAAGAUCUCUUUCUUCCAGCAAGCCACACCUAAAGCCAGCUCUAGGCAUGAAUGGCGCCAAAGCUCGCAGCCAGAGCUUCAGCAUUCACUCAGGAGAUAAGCCCUCCACACCCCCCAUGGAAGGGCCAGGCAAAGUCCGAACUCAGAUCAUUACCAACACUGCCGAGAGAGGCAAUUCCCUUACCCGACAGAACUCCUCCUUGGAAAGCUCUCCCAACAAGGCCCCUUCUGCUCCCAUGUCUGAGAGUCUCCCCAGCGCUGGGAGGCCCCUGGCACACCCCUCCUCCAGGCAAGGGUCCCUGGGAAGCUCAGGCAGCUCCAGCAGUCAGCACGGGAGCCCAAGCAAGUUGCCUUUGAGGAUUCCUUUGAAGUCUGAAGGGCUCCUCACCCCACCUGGAAAGGAAAACCAGCAGAUCUACACCCAGGGAGAAUGCCCCAGUGUGGCUUUACCUGCAGAAUCAGAUAGUGAGUGUUGCAGGUGUCCACCGACCCCAACAGACUCCCCUCAAGCCCUGCAGAGCCCUGGGAGGAUGCAGCAUCCAAGCAGUUCUGAAACAAGCAGGAUGUCCAAGCUAGAAACUUCUGGAAGGCAUCCAGAUGCCUCUACAACCGGGACUGGUGCUGCGAGCUCAGAAGCCCCCUUCUCACCCACAAUCGAAGAAAAGGUCAUGUUGUGCAUUCAGGAAAAUGUGGAAAAGGGCCAAGUGCAAACAAAGUCCACCUCUGUGGAAGCAAAGCAGAAGCCCGGGCCAUCUUUUGCCAGCUGGUUUGGUUUUCGGAAGAGUAGACUUCCAGCUCUCAGUAGCAGGAAAAUGGAUGCCUCCAAAGCCAAAGUGGAAAAGAAGGAUGCAAAAGUCUUGGGGUUUGGAAGCAAACCACUAAAAUCUGAAAGAAAAAAAGAGAAAAAGAAGCCUGAACUACAGUGUGAGAUAGAAAAUGAGCUUAUCAGGGACACCCAGUCAGCAGAUAUUCAAGAUAGUGGUUUUCAAAGCAAAAAUAAUCGGAAAACAACACAAGACAUUUAUAACCAAAUGAAGUGUGAACCGAGAAAUAGACCUAGCCCUGUGACAUGUUCAACAAAAGAUACCUUUAUGACGGAGCUUUUGAACAGAGUUGAUAAGAAAGCAUCUCAACAGACAGAGAGUGGAUCAAAUGAUGUUUCCUGCAGGAAUGUGUUAAAGGGAAGUUCCCAGGGCUCCUGUCUCACUGGCAGCUCCAUCAACAUUCAAGGAAACCACAAGAAGAGCGUCAAAACCAAAGCCGAUAUGGAAAUACCGAAGGACUCCCUGAUAAAAGAGGCAAAUGAAAACUUGCAAGAGGAUGAAGAAGAUACAGUUGCAGAUUCUGCAUUUCAGAGCCAUAUCAUAGAAUCCAACUGCCAGAUGAGAACGUUGGACAGUGGGAUCGGAACCUUCCCACUUCCCGACUCGGGAAACCGCUCGACGGGACGGUACAUAUGCCAGCCAGACUCCUCAGAGGACACUGAGCCGCUCCUGUCUCUCCAGCCAGCCCUCUCCACAGCUUCUUCCAUUAGAGCCCAAACCCUUGAACGUGAAGUGCCUUCCUCUGCAGACAGCCAGCGCCCUGCAGGUAGCACCAUUGUUCAUUCCACAUCUGACCCCAUCAUGACAGCCAGAGGGAUGCGACCUCUUCAAAGCCACCUUCCCAAACCAGCAUCCUCAGGAAAAAUCAGUUCCCCAAAGCAGAAUGAAGCAGAGCCAAGGCCUCAGACUUGCUCGUCAUUCAAAUAUGCUGAAGACCCCAUGGCAAGCGAGCCGCUUCCAGACUGGGGGGGUGAGGAUGCCGCUGCAGAGACCCAGGACAAGGUACCCAGGAUGUGUACAUACUCUGCCAGCGGUGGUAGUGAUAGUAACUGUGACUAUGGAGAUAAUCGUUUUGGAGCUAGAAGGGGACAGUUAGUGAGAGCACUGAACAGCGCCACCCCAGAAAUUGAAACAACUUGAAGAAACAAAAGAUCCUGAGACUAGAUUAUCUAAAAUUUCCCUGGAGUCGUUCAAUAAAUUUAACAGCAAUACUGUGAUUUUAUUAAAAAAAGAGAAGAACUCUCUGAACAAGGUUGAAGGACAAAAGGAAGAAAAAGAAAAACAUGAAGAAGCAUCUUUGAGUAGCUCAGAUAGGCCUGGGGUAGAUAAUUUGGAAUCUUUGAGUGAUUCUUUAUAUGAUAGCUUCUCUUCCUGUGCCAGUCAAGGUUCGAAUGAUGUAUAAAGGACUUUUCUUUCCUUAGCAAGCUUAAGCUGGGAGUUGAGUGCUUAAGAAACGGGGGUGGGGGAGGGGAGCUGCUCCUGUAGAGAUGACAACAAUAAACUAUUGCAACACCAGAGCUUACAUUGUCAAAUUCACAGCAGGCAACCCACCAGAGCUUACUUGUCUGACAGGGCAAUAAAGAGAGACUCCAUUUAUUGUGUUUCAAGAGGAUUCAAAGUAAACACACCUACGAUAUAGAACACUUAAUUUUGCACUUUUUUUGAAUAAUUGUACAGAAGUUGUAAAUUUUUUGGAAGAGAAAUUAUAUUCGUAGCAAAAAAAAAAAGACAGCAAUAAAUUGAAUCAGUGCCAUGCUCUUGAAAUGAUGUACUAAGUCUUAGAAGUUGAUGAUAAUAUAUAUAUAAUAUAUAUAUAUUUUUAAUCCCAACUAAAGUUUCUGUUACAUUCAUUGUCCUAGUCCUCAAAUUAUUUGUGGGUAUACUCCAUAAACCUAAAACAGGGCCUGCAGAAAAACCAUAGGGUUAUCGUCAUCUCCAUCUCACAGUCUUUGUUUGAUAGAAAUGUUAAUUUUAGUGCAAUUUCAAAAUUACUGGAAAGUUUCAGGUGAUAGUAAUAAAAAAUCAAAUUACUAUCACCUGCUUUUAUUGAAAAAUGAAAGGGUUCUGAGGUGUGGACACUGAUUGGGAGAGUGAUACUGUAUCAGAAAUGACCUAAUUCUGUUUCUAAUAGCAGAUUUUCCCGUCAGACAUUUCUUUAUAUCUUCUACGUAGUGCUUCUCUAUGAUCCUGAAUAUUAUUUUUUAACUUCCUGCUCUUUUUAUUAAAAUCUGGGCACUCUAAAAAUAAAAGCAAAUUUCUACUUGCAAUGAUCACUUUUUAAAAAAUAAAAUGAAUGGUUGGUGCUAUGAAAAACUCUUACUUUUUAAUAUCCUUUUUUUUCUACAAAGACUGUUUAUAUGUAAGGAUAAAUUCUAUUUUAAAAGUUAUGUGUAUUUUUUCUAGAUGUGAACUAUUUAUAAUUGCUUUUGUACAGGAGCUUGUAAACUAGGCAUAAUAGAAAUAUUUUUAGGAUCUAUGUGGUUACUUUAGCACAGACUUGUUUCUUUAAAGAGUAUUGUAUAGUCAGUGUUAUUUGGUUAAUUUGUGCAAUUUGUUAUAUUUGAAUUUUAUCUUAAAUGAAAACUAUGUAAAAUGUCCCUGUCUUUCAGACUUUAAAAAAUCCUUUUGUUUCAUUUCUGAAUAAAAGUUAUAUCACAAUUGCACCCUCUGAAAA